GCGUCGGUAAGAUAUCGCGGAACGGGCAGGGAACACGUGCGAGCACACGUGGCACUGUGUCGGAAGUUUUAAACAAACAGAAAGAAGUUUGAAGAAGAGUAAAAGGAAAAAGGAUAGAAAGAAAUAGAAUAAAAUGAAGGAAUCUUGGGAAUAAAGAGGAAAUACAGUAAAUGAAGAGAUAUAUGAUGAUGGUAAUACCUGUUGAUUUUUUGAUGAUAACCGACGGCGACGCCUGGAUUCAUUAAAGUUGUGCCUUAAAGAGUUAGUAAUAAAACCUCAAUCAUUCUAAGUCCAGUGAUAAUCAUCAUACCAUGUCAAGUUUACCAUCGAUUACGCCAUUCGUCAAAGAUGCCAUUUUACUACGAAAAUUUCCCUUACUUCUCGUACAAGUUUGACUAUGUCAAGAGAGUCUGAACAUCAUUAUGUCAAGAUUCUUCGAAGAAACGAUCGAAUACCCUCGAACACCUGAAGAUCAUUUAAGUCAAAAUGUUAGAUAUCUUCAGAGGACUGAAAUCGCUUUUGAAAGUCAGCCCCAUCCACAUCGAUUCUCCAGUUUUUCGACUGCACUACUCCAUCACGGUAUCGGUACUGAUCGCGUUCUCGCUAAUUGUGACCACGCGCCAAUACGUAGGUAACCCCAUCGAUUGUAUCCAUACGAAGGAGAUUCCAGAGGAUGUUUUUAACACGUUUUGCUGGAUCCAUUCUACGUUCACUGUGUCGACGAACAACCCGGAACCGUACGCGAGGAUGUACCUGCCUGGAAGUCCUGGAAUUAGAACGACCCACAAUGAUAAAGAGAAGAAGGUGUACAAGUACUACCAGUGGGUUAGUUUCUGUUUAUUUUUUCAAGCAAUCCUGUUUUACACGCCCCGAUGGCUAUGGAAAUCCUGGGAGGGAGGAAAGAUCUGCGCUCUGAUGAUGGACCUCGACGUUGCAGUGUGCUCGGAAAUCGAGAAAAAGCAAAAGAAGAAACUAAUGAUCGAUUACCUUUGGGAGAAUCUUCGAUUUCAUAACUGGUGGGCAUAUCGAUAUUACUUCUGUGAAGUAUUAGCCCUUGUAAACGUUGUUGGGCAAAUGUUCCUCAUGAACCGAUUCUUCGACGGUGCCUUCCUUAUGUUCGGCCUCGAAGUCAUCUCCUUCAUCAACACCGACCAAGAGGACCGAAUCGACCCCAUGAUCCAGAUCUUCCCCCGAAUGACCAAGUGCACCUUCCGCAAGUACGGCCACUCCGGCGACGAGGAAAAACACGACGCCCUCUGCAUCCUACCUCUCAACGUGGUCAACGAAAAAAUCUACGUCUUCCUGUGGUUCUGGUUCAUCAUUCUCUCUGUGCUCACGUUCCUCACGGUAGUUUACCGGAUAAUAAUCAUAUUUUCACCGCGCAUGCGUGUGUACUUACUGCGCAUUCGCUAUAGGUUAGUGCGCCGAGAAGUUAUAGACACGAUAGUGCGUAGAAGCAAAAUGGGCGAUUGGUUUCUGUUCUAUAUGUUAGGCGAAAACGUGGACUCGUUAAUAUUUAGGGACGUGUUACAGGAUUUGGCACAUAAGUUGAACAGGCACGAUUUUCAUCACGCGCCCGGAUUUAAGGGUGAAAUUCAGGAAGCGUAGGAAAGCAUUUAGUUUGGUGUUUUUUUAUUGGGAUCUCAUUUCUCGAAAUCUCAUCAUUAUUUUUAGGCUAACGAUUGGCGGUGCCUUAUGUUUAGUAUACUCUAGAUAAGUUACGACGAAAAAUAUAGAUACAGAUAUUAUCAACGAAAAAUAAAGAAAGAUACUGUCGAAAAAAAGCUUUUCACGACCUACAGUAUACCGUGUGAUGCAUAGGAACGCGGGACAGGAAUGUCCAUGUAAAUUUUGAAAAAGUCAAAUAUUAUCUCACCAGAUGAUUUUAUGCAAAA